AUGAUUCAGGCGCGGCUGCAACAAAUUGCCUCCUACAAUGAUAGCCUUCCCGCCCUGCUCUUGUUGCUCCUCGUCCCCGUUAUUGCCCAUGUCGCACGCGUCUACUGGUCUCUAAGUCACAUCCCCGGGCCUUUCUGGGCUCGGGUUACCAACAUCCAGCGAGUAUACUGGGUGAAGAAAGCACGGUCCCAUGAGAUCCAUGCUGACUUGCAUCGGCGCUAUGGAAAUCUCGUUCGUUUGGGCCCAAAUAUGGUCGCCAUUUCGGAUCCGAAAUGGAUUCCUGUCAUUUAUCCCAUCCGGGCCGGCUUUCCUAAGGGUAACUUCUAUCGCACGUUGAUGCCGUACUCGCGACAGGGCUCGGCAUUGCCCUUGGUGUUUAACACGCGGGACGAGGUGUUGCAUACACGGCUCAAGAAGCCCAUUGCCUCCAUGUUCUCGCUCUCCAAUGUGCUGACUCUUGAGUGCUUUGUCGAUCGCACCAUCUCGGAGCUUUUUCUGCAGUUCGACCGCCGAUUUGCGCGAGACCAACCGGUGUCUUUCGACAUGGGUGAUUGGCUGCAGUUCUUCGCUUUUGAGGACUCGGAGGGUCUUUUGGGCGCUAUCUGGAAUUUCAUGAAGACAGCUGCUCCGGUCACCCAAAUUCCCUGGUUCGACAUUCUGUGGUACAAGAAUUCCAUCGUGACUUUGUGGCGCCCGGCAACCGGCAUGCCGAUCCUGAAAAUUGUUAGCGACAGCGUCAGUCAGCGCAGGGAGAAGCUUGAGAAGAAUGAGCUCAGCGCCGAUGACGUGACUCGUGAAGAUUUUCUCUCGCGGUUUCUGGAUGUCCAGAGCAAGGACCCCUCGAUACAUCCAUGGUCAGUCACAUCGUGGACGUUCUCAAACGUCAUUGUCGGCUCCGAUUCCACCGCCGUGGUGAUGAAAACGCUAUGGUACAACCUGCUCAGCCACCCGGUGUCAAAGGAUCGCCUCUACAUAGAGCUUUCACAGGCACAUCAACAGGCAAAGAUUUCCAGUCCGUAUCCAGCUUGGAGUGAGAUUUCGGCCCUUCCAUAUCUAGACGCUUGCGUCAGUGAAGCCAUUCGGCUGCAUCCCCCGUUUUGCUUGCCGCUCGAGCGGGUGGUUCCGCCGGAGGGUAUCAAUAUAGACGGGCAGUUCUUGCCAGGGCGAACAGUCGUUGGAAUCAACCCCUGGGUUGCCAAUCAUUACCGACCGACGUUUGGAGAAGAUGCCGACCACUGGCGACCUGAGCGGUGGCUUGUGGACCAGGAGCAGUACCGGGUAAUGGAACGGAGUGUGCUCACGUUUGGGGCCGGGCGACGGAUAUGCCUGGGACGGAAUGUGGCCUUGCUCGAGCUGAAAAAGCUCACAGCUGCGAUUCUGCUCAGCUACGACGUACAAAUUCUGGAUCCAGCGGCGUAUAAGGUCGAAAACAGGUGGUUUUUCCGACAGUGGGGAGUGCAGGUCCAGGUCCGCAGACGAACGGAGUGGUCCCAAAUGAAAACCCGUUAA